GUGUGGGCGGGUGGGUUGGUGUGUUAGCAAGAAACGUCUGAUGUCUGAUUGGUGUGUUUGGAGGUGAUAAUAGGAUGACAGUGUGAUAUCAAAGAGCAGCACUCACUCUUCAGCAGAAGUAAGAUGUGAGAGAGAGAGAGAGAGAGAGAGAGAGAGAGGAACACAAAGAGAGAGAGCGUGAGAAAGAGAGAGCGAGAGAGAGCAGAUCAUCGUCAGACCCUACAGAAAGUGAGUAUAACUGUAUACUUUCAUUAUUUAUUAUCACCUGCUUAGAUCAGAACUCAAGACAUUUUAGCACGUUAACCCAGUCUUUUGUUUUCUGCUACAGUAAUGAGUAAUGUAAAUUAGCAUUUAGGCUAAUUUGUGUUCCUCCCACCUGGGAGAACCUUCAGCUAAAAACCUUAUAGAGAAGAUCAUUACCUGAAAAACAGAGGUAAGAAGAAAGGUGGGAGGGGUGUUGUUAUAGAAUGGAGCCCCAUUCACAAUACUCUAAUUAAUAUUCAUUACACAUUCAUUCAUAUUCAGUACACACUCGUUAAUAUUCACUGCACACUCGUUAAUAUUCAUUACAUACAUUAAUAUUUUUAUUCUUUACUACAACAUGAUAUUCUUUAUUACACGUGUUAAUAUCCAUUCAUGUUCACUACAUAUUUGUUAAUAUUCACUACACACUCAUUACUAUUCAUUAAUAUUCAAUAUUCAGUAUACACACACAUUAAUAUUCACUACACACUCAUUAAUAUUCACUACACGCCCACACCAAUAAAAAAAAAACUGCUGCUGCCUUCACUGGCUUCCAGUAGCUGCAAAAAUUACAUUCAAAAGACUGAUGUUUGCCUACAAAGCCAAACAUGGACCAGCACCUUCAUACUUUAGAGUCCUCAUCAUAUCUCUAAUGCCUGAGAUCCUCCAGCACUGCUCCACUGGUCCCACCUUCUCUCAGGCUCACACUGAAGACUACGACGUUUCUACAAUGACUCACACUGAAGACUACGACGUUUCUACAAUGACUGCCACUACAGAAACUCAAACUACUUAUCCUAUCUCUUCUGCGAUGGCUGCCACUACAGAAACUCAAACUACUUAUCCUAUCUCUUCUGAUGGCUGCCACUACAGAAACUCAAACUACUUAUCCUAUCUCUUCUGCGAUGGCUGCCGCUACAGAAACUCAAACUACUUAUCCUAUCUCUUCUCUGAUGGCUGCCACUACAGAAACUCAAACUACUUAUCCUAUCUCUUCUGCGAUGGCUGCCACUACAGAAACUCAAACUACUUAUCCUAUCUCUUCUGCUAUGGCUGCCGCUACAGAAACUCAAACUACUUAUCCUAUCUCUUCUGCGAUGGCUGCUGCUACAGAAACUCAAACUACUUAUCCUAUCUCUUCUCUGAUGGCUGCCGCUACAGAAACUCAAACUACUUAUCCUAUCUCUUCUGCGAUGGCUGCCACUACAGAAACUCAAACUACUUAUCCUAUCUCUUCUGCGAUGGGUAACAGUAAUGAUGAGUCUUCUGUAAUCCACAUUUGGGUAGCGUGUUUAUCAUUCGUUAUUGUGAUAGCCGUCAUCUUGGUCGUGGUUCUGUUACUGCGCGGGAUUUGCAAACGAGGAACGUAUUAUAUG